AGUGAGGUGGCGCCGGCCGGGUCGGCGAGAUGAGGCGGAAGCCGCCGCUUGGCGGUGGGAGCAAGCGGCGCCCGCGUUGGCUGAGCGCGCUCGGGGGCGGGGCCUGCCACGUCACGCGGACGGGGGAGGGGGAAGCCCGACUGUCAAACAAACUCCCGAGGCUCCCGAGAAACGCGCACGGAAGCGCGACACGCGUCUUCCCGUCACGCGCACGCCGCCGCUCCCGGGGCGCCGCCGCCGCCGCAGAGCGGGGGACGCGGGUCUCUCCCGACGCGGCCCCUCCGGCCCGCGGAAGGCGCCCCGGAACUUCUGCCGGGCUCGUCGGCCCGCGGAGAGACCCGCGCCUGUCAGCCGCAUGCCAGCGCUCACGCUCCGCUCAGCCACGUGCGAACCGCUCGUCACAUGCCUGCCUCCCUCCCUCGGCCGCGCACCCAGAAAUUCGGUUUCUCAGCCACAGAGGAACCUGCCUUCACACAGUGCCCUCAGCCACACGUGCGGAGCCGCUUCCCUGGCCCCCAUCUCGCGUUCCCCCAGCCACAUAUAACGAGUCAGGUUUGCUCAGCACCCAUAACCUCCUUUCACAGGGUUUCCUCAGCCACACAGGCAGCGCCAUGGUUUCCUCAGGCGCACAGGAGCUUUCCAUACAGUUCUCUCGGCAACAUGGACAAUUCGCGGCCUGUGAAUGGCCAGUCACCUCGAAAAGCCAAGCCAAGCCUGUUGCUUCCCCACCAUCGGAUGAAUGGCUCGGGAUGACCCAGUGCAGUUCCAUGCAAAGCAGUGAUCUAAGCUGUCGGGGGAUAUGCAAAGGAGCUCAUCUAGGAAACGCCUCAAAUGUUGCAAAAUGGCCCUCACAGCAUUUCUUCAUCCUGCAGUCAAUCCUAUCAAGCCAAUUCUUCUUUUUCAAUGGGUCACCCCCAUCUACCGGGGAAAGAGGAACCAAUGGAAGAGUUGGCUUUUGAUCAGGUACAUUUCUGUUGCUUUAGCCUCUACAUCCAGUCACGCCACACUAACAUAGACGCACUUACAUAUAAAUACAUAUAGUGACACAGACCCGUUUGCAGAAUCAUGCCGUAGGGAAUUGCUCUGGUCUGACAAGUAACAUCAUUUUU